GCGGCCCCCUCCCUCCCUCCUGAAACUGAAUCUCCUUGGACUUGAAUGAGGAGCAAAGGACGGAGGGAGGGAAGAGGAGGAGGAGGAGGAGAGAGGAAAGGAAAGGGAAAGAGGGGGAAGGAGGAGGAGGGGAAAGGAAAGGAAGGGGGAGUUGCGAAGCUCUCUCGCCUGGGAGAGAGAGAAAGAGAGGGAAGAGAGGGAAACAAAGUCGCAAGACUCUUUUCCGCCCAGCAGCGCGGCUAGCGCCAACUUCGAGGGCUGGAGGGGAACUCGCAGGAGGAGGAGGAGAUGGGGCUGGCCGGGGCCGAGACCGAGACGGCUGGGCUUUGACUAGAGCCAGAGGUCGAGCCAUCCCGACUGUAGCGGGCUGCCUCCCUGCCUGAGAAGCGGGGACCGGGGCGCCCCUUUCCUCGCUCUCCGCCUGCCUGCCCGGCUCGCCCUCCUGGGCCCAGGCGAGGCGCCGGCUUUAUGGUGAUCCCGGCGGAGUUGUGCGCCGAGGGUGCUCCUUGCCGCCGGGCUCCGUGGCCGCCCCGCCGCCCUCCAUGUAUCACUUGAUGGGGCUCAACGGCACCAGCGGAGCCAGCCAGCCCAAUGUCUCCUGCACAUGCAACUGCAAGCGCUCUUUGUUCCAGAGCAUGGAGAUCACGGAGUUGGAGUUCGUACAGAUAAUCAUAAUUGUGGUGGUCAUGAUGGUCAUGGUGGUUGUUAUCACGUGUCUGCUGAAUCACUACAAACUCUCUGCACGGUCCUUCAUCAAUCGGCACAGCCAAGGGCGGAGGAGAGAGGAAAACCUAUCAUCAGAAGGAAGCUUGUGGCCUUCGGAAAGCACAGUGUCAGGAAAUGGCGUAACGGAGCAGCAAGUCUACACCCCGAGGCCUACAGACAGACUAGCGGUUCCAUCCUUCUUGCAAAGGGACCGUUUUAACAGAUUCCAGCCGACGUAUCCUUACCUGCAGCAUGAAAUCGACCUGCCGCCCACCAUCUCUUUGUCGGACGGAGAGGAGCCUCCUCCGUACCAGGGGCCCUGCACGCUGCAGCUCCGGGAUCCCGAGCAGCAAAUGGAACUCAACCGGGAGUCGGUCCGAGCGCCUCCCAACAGAACCAUCUUCGACAGUGACCUGAUAGAUAAUUCAGUGUAUGGGGGACCCUGUCCUCCAAGCAGCAACUCGGGCAUCAGCGCAACCUGCUAUGGGAGCAAUGGCAGGAUGGAAGGACCGCCUCCCACGUACAGCGAGGUCAUAGGCCACUUUCCUGGGUCCGCUUUUUAUCAGCACCAGCAGAACAACAGCGGGAUGCCCUCGAUACUCGAAGGGGGCAGGCUUCACCCUUCGUCACAAAUCAAUAGCCUUGAGAGCACAACGGCAUGGAACAAAGAUAAAGAGAAACAAAAAGGGCACCCCUUUUGAAAGCAAAAGAAACCAAUUGGGGGGACAAGAACACUCUGCACUUCUUGUUAAUGGGAUUGGAGGUUUGGUUGGGUGGGUGGGAAAGGUAUGGAGAAAUAGGGGGGAAGCUGUGUGCGGAACAAAACACCCUUCUCCACCUCUGUGUAGUAUAAAUAUUUACAUGUUACGUUUGGUCUGAAUGCACAAGCCAACAAAGCUUGCAAAAACGGUUUGUUGAGCUCGGUCUAGAAGGUUUUGGUUUGUUUUUUUUUUUGUUUUGUUUUCUAAAGAAAUCUACAGCAGUCCUUUUAUUUUCUCCCCUCACCUUUAGUUUUGUUUCAAAUUGAGCUGCGUGUGUGAAUGUGACACCUUUUUUUGUUUAUUUCACUUAACUUUAAAGACAAAAAUAUUUGCACAAAAAUGUUUGUUUAAAGAUCUGCAAUAUAUAUAUAAAUAUAUAUUAAAAAAAGAAAAGAAACUGUAUGUGUGUUGGGGAAGCAGGAGUAUUUUUAUAAUAGAAGAGGCCUAUUGAGGGGGGGAAACGUUUUUGUUGUGUUUUUCUGAACUAGAAUAAAAACAUGGCAAUUUUUGAGAGCCAGCUCAAAAAAGCAUGUGUUAUGUUGUAAAAAGAAGAAGAAGAAGAAGAGGGGGAAACAAAAAAACAAACAAAAGCAGGGGUUAGAGUUAUUUAUAUAAAUGUUGAAAAUUUUGCACUAUUUUUUAAUAUAAAUGUGUUAGUGCUUGUGUUGGUCGAAAACCUCUUUCAUGUCUACCACAAAACUGUUAAGAAAAAUAUGGUGAAGACUAAAAUGUUAUACGGGAGGGAAAUACCCAUAAGACAGAGAACACAGAUCGGGAAUGAACAUCAUGUAAGGACGGCAUCUUGUGCAAUUUUUUUAACUCUCCAAAUUCAUAUGCUCAUGUCUCCAACCUGAAUGGAUUCUAUCGCACCUGAUUGCAGGUAUUGUCGGAUACCUGAAAAUGAAAUCUAUGUUCCAAUGCAUCACUUGUGAAGGCAAUGCAUGUGUUUGUUAAUUUUCUAUUUCCUUGUUUUUUUUAAACAAAUGUGUUGUUUUGGGCCCCUAUUUCUUUGUGUAUGGAAGGAGGGAGCGCAUUUUGAAAAGCAAGCAAAGAGGCUAUUUAUAUUCACUCCUCUCAAUUGACAUGGUGCCUGUAAAUUUUAUUUUAUGUCACUCUUAGGUAUCUGUUCCUCAGGGUUGCAAUGCAUCCAUUGUUUUACAUUCCCUGUAAAAACAAGAUUUACUGUUUUUCCUUUUUGUGAUUUAAAAGUUCUGAGUCUGCAUUUGUGUUAUGAUUAUUGGAGGUGGGACAGAAAAAUAAAUAAUAGGAUUCCAAAACCACUCUGCAAAUGGGCCCUCCUAGCCAGAGCUUGAAAAUAACAGAUUCCAAAUUACAACCGUAUAUGUGGCAUGUUACUUUGGGAAAACCUGAAGGCAUAACUGUGUUCCUUUUUAAAAAAAAAAGAAAGCAUAUUAACAAGUAGUAAUGGUAUGACUCUACCUGCCCACAUGAGACAGGGCUAAAAUGCUUUGGGAAUAUGGAGGGGACUCUUCACCCACCCCCAAAAUCAGAUGAAUUUCUUACUUUAUUAUUUUUUUAAGAAACUUAACAGAAAAGGGAACAGAUAAUUAAUUUAUCAAACUUUAAUGCCAAUGAGCUACUUUGGGGACUUUGUAACAAGUUGUGUAAUAAAUGAAGUUUCUUUUCAAGCUCCGUUUCUAGCGAAUGCUCAAAAAUGGGAGCGAGUGGGAGCUUCUGUUGGAUCCAACCUCUGUCUGCUCUGAAACCCUUGGAGCACAUAGAGGUGACAUGUUCUUUUGUGACAGCUCUGGAGAGCCAACCUCCUUAACAGGCAGUUAGAACAGCCCUUUCUAUUGCUAUUGUCUCACUAAUUUCAGGAGGACCAUAAAAGCAUAAGCAGUCAUUAAAUUGCCUUCUUUUUAAUGACUGGGUGAUGGCUUCUAAUUGUCGUCUUCUCCUCUUUUUUUUAAUAUCAAGCUAAUUUGCCUGUCUACAAUUAAGGUAAUAAAAGCGGGGGAAGCGUCAAGAACCCAUAAACCUGCCUUAUAGAUGACUUUUUAAAUAAUACCCUGGAAACCUGGUUUGGGGCACCUCAUGUUUUCCACAAGGUUUUAAAUAAGCUGCAUAAAUGAAGGUUGCCCAGAUGGUGAAGGGCAAAGUCUCUGUGCCACUAAUACUUAAUGUAGAAAAGGGGGAGAGGAAUGGCAGGUGCAGAAUGUGUGCUGCUCUGAAACACCUUCUAUUUACAUACCAAUUAAUGAGAUGGGAGUUUUGUUCUCCUUUGUAUUGGAUAUUCGGCCCAGACAGAACUCCCUCCAGGCCAGAGUGAAGCCUGCCAGCCAAACAUUGCAUACAACCAAGUAUCCAAAUGGCACCCUCCCUCUUAUAUUUUUGCAGUUCCAGGCAGACAGCAAAAAAAGAGGGCAGCAACCUUAUCCAUAGGGCAAUAAUUUCUGAACAUAGAUCUUUAGAUACAGAACUAAUGGGAAGCCUUACUUCUCUAUGGGUUGCUUGCACUCACCCAUGUUAGGCUACAAUUUGCAGAAGCUCUAGCCCAGUGGUUCUCAACCUGGGGUCCCCAGACAUUUUUGGCCAACAACUCCCAGAAAUCCCAGCUAGUUUACCAGCUGUUAGGAUUUCUGGGAGUUGUAGGCCAAAAACAUCUGGGGACCCCAGGUUGAGAACCACUGCCUAGCCAUUGGCUAUGUUGGAUGGGGAUGAUGGAAGUCAUUAUCCACCAACUUUGGGAACAAUUGUCCUAAGGUGGGGCUGCAUUCAGUGAGAUGGUCCAGAGGUUGUGCAGGCUUAUGAAAUAGAAAAGGCAAGCAUCCCCAGUCCUAUCAAAUCCAUAUUGGUGGUCUUGGGAUUCAGUCCCACUCUUGUGCUUUUCCUCAACACUGAAAGAAACAGAAGUGCUCAAUAAGCAGUCCUAACAGAUUACCUUCUUUUCUUGACUGCCUCUUGUUAACUGUAUUUUAUUUCUUCUAGCUGAAGAGGUUGAGCACACAUCAACUCCAAUGGUGUAGUAAAAGCUAAGGAACUUUAGAAACAGUCCCUUUCCAUGUUCUGCAAGUUUGUUUUCCCUUUCAGUUCUUUCUGGUGCAGCAAGGUUUUGGCACCCAGCCCUCCUUCAAACGCAUCAGCCCAUGUUCCCCUUCCCGUCCCUCCCCCUUGUUUCAUCGAGCAUUAUGUCUUACAAUGCUAUUGUUUACAUUGUUUUUAUUGAUAUUGUAUAAAAGAUCUGAUCAUUUGCUUUAACCCUCAUGGUGCAUUUGUAUGUGACUGAGUGCAAGUGAGUGAGAGGCAUAAAAUAUGAAGAACAGGAAGAAGGACAUGUAACACACACACAUAUACAAGGAAAUGAGACCCCUCUUCUGUCUUGUGUUAUAGAUAUUAAUCUAUAGCUAGAAAGGCUGACAGCUGUCCAGAAAUGAACCUGUCUGUCCUAUUCUUCUGCCUUGAAUAGUGGCAUCCUGGGCAGACAUUGGCAAGUGAAACUUUUGAACAGUAUGGCAACAUCAAUGCGAUUCCAUAUUCAUCUACAUCCAUGGUUCUCACCCUGUGGAUCCCCAGGUGUUUUGGCCUACAACUCCCAGAAGUCCCAGCCAGUUUACCAGCUUUUAGGAUUUCUGGGAAUUGAAGGCCAAAACAUCUGGGGACCGACAAGUUGAGAACCACUGGUCUACAUGGAUCGUGAAGGAUAAAUCCGUGAGUGGCUACUGGGCAACUGGGAGGGAAACAGCAGAGGGAACCUUGUUGGCUUUAUUGCCCUCUUUGUAGGCUUCCUGAAAGUAUCAGAUUGGCCACUGUGGGUCACUGAAUGUUUGCCCUGAGAUCUACAGACCACUCCAUUAUGGUGUUAUGUUUUAAACUGGUGAGAAAGGAACAGCUGCAACAAGCAGUUGAAACGUUGGCAACCUUUAUGUCGACAGAGUUCCAUCUUCUGGGAAAUGCAAGCGCACUCCAUUGAAGGAAGCAAUGGGAUUGCAGAGGGAACAGUACUGAGUGACCUUUACUUUUAAGCAAGGGAGUAUAAUAUUCUGCCAGAUGCUAACUAGUAAGAUAACAUAAAUGAAAGAUAUGAAGGCAAUACCUCUUGUUUUUAUGCGACUUUCCUAUUACUUGAAGAGGAGUGGGAAGAGAACAACAUUGGAAUGAAAGAGGAUGGUGAUAACAGCAAAGAGAUCAAUUUGAAGUUUUUGUCAUUUUUAAAUCAAACGUUUGCCUCUUCUUUUUUGCCUAGUAAUCGGUUCUUGAACCUUUUCUUUCACAGCAUUGCAGCCUUGCCUCCUUCCUUACAACACCUACAUAUACAGAUUUUUUAAAAGAACUCAAAAGCUUCCUAGCUUCCUGCAAAAAUUACAAAGUCAGUGAAUUUCUAGAAGCAUUUUUAAAAAGUAUCUUUCCUUUAUGUGACAUGUCUAUUUAGUGCCUUAUUUUACAAAAACACAGAAAGCCUCCCUUUAAUAGAAAAUAGCAAAAGGAGAGGGGAAUCCAAUCAUUGCUAGUGAAAACUUCCAGGGUGUGGUCACUUUUGCUUUUAGAUCCCUGGGUUGCAAUUUUCUCUUGUUAAUUUAUGUGGGGUUUUUUUUUGGGGGGGGGGUACCUUUUCUUUAAAUUGUACCUUUGAGCCCCACUAUAACCAGUUUGAUGUGCCUAGCUGUGUAAGGUGCUCCUUCGCUGUCUUGCCAUCUGUUUUCUUGGGACUGUUUGCAAGGGAACUUGAAUACAUUUUGUGCACAUAUCCUACUCCAUAGGGUAGUCCAUUGUGGUGGAUUUUGUAAUCAAGGAUACCAACCAAAAGACAAACUGAAAAUAUAUCUACUGCCCUCUUGAGCCAAAAUGAGUAAACAGUAAUGUUUUGUUUUUUUUUGUUGUUUGUUCUUGCUGUCCUUGCUAUAAUUAUUAUUCUUUUAUUUGUUCCGUGAUCUUACUAGUGUGUUUGCUACACACCUGUAUACAUGUCCUUCUGUUGGUUUGGGGUGGAGUAUGAGCAUCACAUAUCUAAAAGCUCUGCCAUCAUUGCAGAAUUGUCAGCAUGGCUGGAGGUUGUUUUAAGAAAUCACACUGGAGUGCCUUGUACAAAAUGGGCAAAUCUCCCAGGAUUCCCAUGGGGCCACCAGCAGAAGCAGCAGGGAUUGGUGGUGUUGGGACCUUCAGGGAGCCCUCGCUGACCUCUCUGGGCUUCAUAGGGCUGCUGUUCCUUCUCACUUGUUAGGGCCCAUCUGCCCUCUCCAAUCAAACAAACCAUGACAAGAGUGAUGACACGAAGAAGCCCUCCUUGACUUGCCUUCAUGCUUUCCUUCUGGGUGAUGGGAUAGAUUGGGUCCAGAGCACAACUGCAUUGGGCACCUGGGACAAUUGUGGAGAACAGGACUCAUAGAGAGCAUCUUGUCCAAAGGACUUCCCAAAAUCUGGAGCAGGUUGCUAACUUGGUAUUUACUAGAAGACUUGACAUGCAGCAGUGAAGGCAAGACAAGGUCUUUCUUGGCAGUAAAACAAUGGCUGAGGCUUCAGCCAUUCUAUUUCUCCACAUUGGGUUCUAUUAACUGGACAAGAUCAAAGUCAGUAAAGACAUUUUUUACUAAAUCACCAAGAUAAGAUUUUUGAAGUCUUAACUGAUGUUGGAGAGCAAUUUAUUUUUCUGAACUGUUGAUUGCCCUCCCAACACUCAUUCACGCAUGUGUGUAUCUCCCUGAACAAUCCUUGCCUAUACUUUCAAUAGGUUAAACCCUACAAAUUUUGAGGAUUAGGUAAUCAGUUCCAGUGUUAGUUUAAGCAAAUACCACUUUGACUAUACUAAAUGCCACAUGAUUGAAAUAUGAUUUUUUUGUGUGUGGAAAAAAUUGAUUUCUCCCUCAAAAAGGUUUAAUGCCAGCAGACAGAGGAGACAUGUUACUUCAUUUGCUCUGUUAUUUUAAUUAGGAAACAGACAUUUUUGUCCCAAAGCAAUAGUAAAAAAUGAAAGCAUUACUUUUUGGACUAUAAAUCCAUAUCCCCAAUCGUCUCAGUUUGACAUGAACUAUCUUGAUUAAUCUGCUUUCCCAUUUCGUCAUCUUCUUUUCAAAUGUCCCAACUUUUCCUGCCUCCUACUUUACCUACCUUGUCUUCAGCUUUCUUCAAUUGGUGCAAACUGAUGUCAAAAGAACUUGGCAUUCAACUCAGCAGGGAGAAGAGGAAGUGGAGAAAUCUUACCCUUCCCAGUAGGCUCAGGCAAAAGCAAACAAAAGUCCUCUCCUAACUUGUGUGUUAUUCCUCGUGAAGAACCAUCUUGACCAUGUUCUGAUAUUGCUUGGCCACCUGUGUCCUAGUUUUGAACUGUGAAGUGUUGAUGGGUAUGCAACCCAAAUUCUUUCCAGCCAGGCUGGGGCCACUUUUGGAGUUGAAGGCAAAAAGCUAAUCUCUUUCCCACACCCCAGCUCUAGGCUGUGGCUGUAAAAUGUAUCCAAAGCACCACCACCACUAUUCAGAUGCAUUCCUGACUCUAGCUGUCAUCUUGGAUUUCAGCUUGCCACCAUUUAAUCACCUAGAGCUCCUGCACAGAAGACUAAAAAUAUUGCAGGCAAAACUUUUCCCAUUACAGAUCCUCUGUGCCAGAAAAAGCAGUAUGUGUUGGCUUUUUCCUACCAGGUCCAGGAGUUCUGCCAAAGGAAAAAAGAAGAGUGGCAACCUUAAUUGAAUUGUGCUGAGAGAAUUUCAAACUGACUAGGAGUGAUCAAGGACUCACAUUAAUCUUAGGUUUUCUCACAUUGCUUCUUUCUUUUUUUUACACUUGUGUAUUUAUAUGAAGAAAUUCCCCUAUAACUAUUAGAAAUAUUUUUUGAAGUAAGAUCAGCAACACAUGUAAACUGGCAUCUUGACCUUUAAAUCAGUCCAGUUCUUACCUAGCCUUUUAAGAUAAUCUGAAAGUACCUGUUGCCAGGUUGUAUAAAUUCCAGAAACUAGGAGCAUCUUUUAGCACCAACUAUCACAUGAAGACGUGCAUAAUGGAUAGAUCCGUGGCACUAAGAGCACUGGGAAAUGACUUGGCCACAGUCAGGAUGUUGAUGAUAAAGGUAGAUCUUCGUUAAUGUGCUGCUUGUGACUGAAGAGGAAAACUAAAAUCAAAGAAGCAGCAAGGCUCCUCUGCCAUUUUGUCAAAGAUUUUACAAGUCAGGUUAGCUUCAAAACCAAUGAGGCAAUAUGUUUGGGACUGUAUCUUCAAGCAGAGCAGAAACCAAUCUUAAAAUCAAUUCCAUUAAAAUGUGAUGUACUGAGAUAUGAAUUUGGAAAUCAUAAUGGCAGGCCUUAGUUGGUUCUUCCUUUUCGUAGUUCUCAAUUUCAACCAUUGUAAGCAUCAAGCUUAAAAAUCUGAUCCAUUAUUGGUUUUAAGAAUAAGGAUAUGACUGUCAGCCAAAAGUGGGGAGGAUAGAAAUCAAUAUACUUCUUGAGAAUAUCGUUUUAAUACAUCUAAAUCUCUUUAAAAUUGCACUAAAUGCUCUAUUUAAUGGAAAGGAAAAAAUUUCCACCAUUUCCCCCCUUUAACAGAUGAAUUUUUAAAAAGCCAGAUGUGUAGCAUAAACAUACUAACCAAGAACAGAAUGAAUUCAUUUUCUCCUGUAUGAUCUGUGUGGCAUUCAGAUUUAUAUAAAAAUAUCUAUUUUCCCCCAUGUACGACAACUAAACUUAAGGGGUUGGAUGGGAAAAAAACAUACAAUUUUCCAUAAACUGCGCUUUCCAAUUUUUUGCUGUAAUAUAGAAGCUCAUGAAGGACUACAUUUAAAGUCCUAAUUUGCCUGCCUUAUAGUCACAUUUCAUUGUAUUUUAAUAUUUUCUUCAAUUUCCAGUUGCAUUGCUUUUGGCUUUGGAGUUUGUUAUAGGCAGUCCUGUAAUCCUGAUUUUUUUUUGUUCAAAUAAAAAAUACGUAAACAAUAGACAGCACAUGCAAUGCAGUAAUUAUCUAUAUUUUGCUGUUUUAGUAUGAAUAUGUACUCUGAUGCCAAUUUCCACAAUUCUGUUGUAAAACGCUUCUUGUGUAACAGUAACCAAUAGUGGCAAUGAUAUGUCAUUCUAUUCUUAAAAAGCUGCAAUACUUAAAACAAUAAAUUUUACAAUACUUUGGA